UAAAGGAGGCUUUCUGCUGUAGGUGCAGCAUUGUCUCUGAGUCUCAACUCUAGGAAACAUCGCAACAUGUCUGGUCGCGGGAAAACCACCGGUAAAGUCAGAGCCAAGGCAAAGACCCGCUCCUCUCGUGCCGGGCUUCAGUUCCCAGUCGGCCGUGUUCACAGGCUGCUGCGUAAAGGAAACUAUGCGGAGCGUGUCGGUGCCGGAGCCCCCGUGUACCUGGCGGCGGUGCUGGAGUAUCUGACCGCUGAGAUCCUGGAGCUGGCUGGAAACGCCGCCCGCGACAACAAGAAGACCAGGAUCAUCCCCCGUCACCUGCAGCUGGCUGUCCGCAACGACGAGGAGCUCAACAAGCUGCUGGGCAAAGUCACCAUCGCUCAGGGCGGCGUGCUGCCCAACAUCCAGGCUGUCCUGCUGCCCAAGAAGACCGAGAAGGCCGCCAAGGCCAAGUAAACCUGGACACCCGCUCACUGCUGGAAACCACACCCCAAAAAGGCUCUUUUAAGAGCCAAACACUCACCUCACAAAGACCUCGGUUCCUCAUAUA